AUGUUUAGUGUGUCCUUUGCUCUUGCUAAAAGUAAAAUAGAAAAGAGAUGUAACUGAAUGGACAAAGUAAUUUUUCUCUCUGGUAAAUUGAUAAAUUUUCUUACGGGCAAACUUGUUCUCUUGUUCCGAGUGAAUAGUGAUCUUUUGAUGUUUCUAAUUGUCAAUAAUGAAGAUACGUUGAAGAAACAAAUAAUAUUUCUGCUUUUGCCUGCCAUUUAUUGGUGAUGAUAUGUAUAUUGAGGUUUAUUGUAGGAGAAUAUGAAGGUACUUUAAGAAGUCAUGGUAUGUCGAUGUUAAUGCAUGUGUUUUCAACCCUCAGAGCGCAGGCUCGUGGAGAAUCCAUUGCUACCAUCUUGCAGCAGUCGAUUCGAGGGAUGAUGGAAAUUUUGCUAGAAUGUCUAGCAACGUUUUCAGUUAGAUGUUGGGAAAUAUUUGCAAAGGGACCGAUGUUUUUCGCUCCAGUGAGUAUACGUUUUCAGUGAUGUAGCCUAAUUUAUGAUAAUUAAUACUCCUUGCGCUUAAAUCAUAAUCUUGUUGUUUAUUUAUUCCAAAAAAUUAUAUUAUUUAUAAGUUCUUUCGUCGUUUCAAAUGGCGAUUAGAUUUAUUUCUUGAUAAAACUUGA